UCUCCACCAAAAUAUUGAACGUUUCCAUUUUUAGACUCCAAGGUGUCCAUAACAAACACUCAAUUUGUGGUAUUCCAUUUACAAUAAUUCGAAAUAAAAUACUCUUCCAUAUCGAAAUAACCUAAAAAUAGUGAAAUGACAACUAAACAAGAAGAAAAAGUAGUAACAUCAAGUCAAGAUGAUAAACGGCUGUGGAUAGGUAACUUGGACCAGAGAAUAAGUGAGUAUCAACUUUUAAAAUUGCUGCAAAAACAUGGUGAAAUCGAAAAGUUUGAUCUUCUAUUCCACCGUUCGGGUCCACUUGCUGGCCAACCUAGAGGAUACGCAUUUGUCACCUACGUAAAUAAAAGCGAUGCUCAAACUGCCAUUACAAACUUGCAUAACGUAGCCGUUGGUUUAAAGAAGAUUAUUGUUACUUGGGCUAACAGUGUGAAUACGGAUGAUAUGGAUAAACCGAAAGUUGAUUUAAAUAUCCCAGCUUUAGCUAUGUCUAAACCGGAAAAGAAAACUGAUCGUCAAACACAAAUCCAAGCGAUUGAGGCUAAAUUAAAAUUGAUGGAACACUCCCAAAACAGCGAAUUAGUCAUAAAUAAGACUGUAGCAACAGAAUCUCCUGUAAUAUCUCAAUUUCAACAGAACAAACAGCAACCUAUCACCACCUCUUCUAAUAAUAUAAAGUACAAGAACAAUUUUAAGCGACAUGAAAGGAACCACAAGCCUUAUAAUCGGCAUAAAACAAAGAGAUAAUCAGAAAUCAUUUUAAAUUAAAGAUUUAUCAAAGUUUUUACCUCCAACAGUGUUCUCAUCCUUGUGAAGUAUUUAUUUAUUUUAUUCUGUAGCUGAUUAGAUAUAAAUAUAAACAAAAAAU